AAGUAAUCUCCUUAUGGCUAUGCUCCUCAGCCUUGGUUCAGUUGCAUUUGGCCCCUCGCAAGCGUAUUACACCCUUCCAGCACCGAAGAGUUUACAAGACCGCACCCCCCUCUUCUUCUUCGAUGAAUAGUCUAUCUAUCGAGCAACAGGCUCGCGCCGCCAGAGCCUACAUACUCCAGGAGCUCAGGAAGACCGAAGAUGGCGUCUCGAUCCUCAAGGACAAAGAUUUUUCUGCCAGGCUCGAUACGAACUUCAUCACCAUCUUUGCCAUCUUUGCCGAGCUAUACGGCUACCGACAUGACUGUCUCGACCAACUUGUCGACCUGAUAACAAUGUGUGGCAAAAGCUGGCAGGACCGAUCCCCUGACUUGCAAAGGGUCGACAAACAGCGAGAACUCGACCCCGAAUGGUAUCUCUCAAAUCAGAUGCUGGGAGGAGUCUGCUACGUCGACCGGUACGCUGGCAGCUUGGCUGGGAUCAAGAAGCGCAUUCCCUAUUUUAAGGAGUUGGGAUUGACUUAUCUGCAUUUGAUGCCUCUGUUCGCUGCUCCUCAGCCUCUCAAUGACGGAGGGUACGCUGUGUCUAGCUACCGAGACGUGCAGCCCGGACUGGGAACUAUCGAGGAGCUUAGAGACCUGGCAACCGAGCUGAGAAAGGCGGGAAUCAGCUUAGUGCUUGAUCUGGUGUUCAACCAUACUUCCAACGAGCAUCGGUGGGCAAAGAAAGCAGCCGAGGGCGAUCCUGAGCAUUCCGCCAUGUACUGGAUCUUCCCUGACCGAAAUGUUCCCUCAGCGUUUGAACGGUCGACGCGAGAGAUCUUUCCGGACGAUCACCCUGGCUCGUUCAUCCAACUUCCGGACGGCCGAUUCGUAUGGUCAACAUUUUAUCAUUUCCAAUGGGACCUGAAUUACUCGAAUCCAGCUGUAUUCAGAGCCAUGGCUGGUGAGAUGCUGUAUCUGGCCAAUGUGGGUGUCGAUCUCUUCCGGAUGGACGCCGUUGCAUUCAUGUGGAAACAGAUGAACACGGACUGUGAGAAUCUGCCAGAGGUUCACAAACUGCUCCGAGCUUUCAACGCCCUCUGUCGGAUUGCAGCGCCGUCUGUGCUUUUCAAGUCUGAAGCCAUUGUCCAUCCAGACUUUGUGGUGCAAUACAUCGAUCGAUACGAGUGCCAAUUGUCUUACAACCCGCUUCAGAUGGCCUUGACGUGGGAGGCGCUGGCAACUAGAGAUGUGUCAAUGCUGUCACAGGCGAUUGAGCGUAGACACAAUAUAGCCCGAGGCUGUGCCUGGGUCAAUUACGUCCGGUCUCACGAUGACAUAGGCUGGACGUUCAGCGACGAGGAUGCAGAGGAACUUGGCAAGGACGGUCGAAACCACAGGAAGUUCCUCAAUGCGUUCUUCGUGAACCGCCAUCCAGGCAGCUUUGCUCGAGGCGUCCCCUUUCAGGACAAUCCAAAGACCGGGGACUGCAGAAUAUCUGGCACCACGGCAUCAUUAGCCGGCUUGGAGUCGAUGCAAGAUCACGCCAUUGAGCGGAUCUUGCUCGCAUACUCCAUCGCCAUGAGCACAGGCGGAAUUCCACUCAUCUAUCUGGGAGACGAAGUCGGCCAACUCAACGAUUACAGCUACCUUAACGACCCAGCUAAAAUGGACGACAGCAGAUGGGUGAACCGCCCUUGGUACCCCGAACAGCGCUAUGCCGAGCGACACGAUGCCAACAGCAUCCCAGGGAAGAUAUAUGCCGGGAUGAAGCAUCUCAUUUCCCUUCGCAAAAACACAGAGGAGCUUGCAGGAGGAAGAGCGAUUGGGUUUUACACCGGCAACCCGGCAAUCCUUGGGUACCAACGACCAGGGGCGAAGUCCAGCGUAUUGUGUCUUUGCAACUUCUCGGAUGAGGCCCAGUGGAUCGGGCGAGACAGGUUCAUGGGGAUGCCUGCUGAGGCGAAGGAUCUGAUAGAUGGGUAUAUGAUCAACUUGCGGAACGCGGGCAUCCAUAUGAAGCCGCACCAGUUCUUGUGGCUGAGGUUUUGAGCGAGCGUCAGAUACUUGGGGUUCGACGUCGGAAUCUCGACGAGGGCACUCUCAAUUUCCAGCGUAGGACCUGGGCAUGACCUGAGCCUCGCCGCUUCAACCUGAGCAAGUCCGGCACGUGACUGAUCGCCGCGACGGCUGCCGCGGCGACGACGGCGUUUCUGAAUGACUCGAGGUCCGAGGGUGAGGCUUUGUAAUGCUACUCGUAAACAUAGUCUUUAUCCUGUCUACUUCGUAUCCAGUCUCAAUGGGUGGGUGGGUAGGUAGGUAGAUCCGCAACUCUCCUCGAAGGGCAGAGGACGUUUUCGACCACCUCGAGGGUACUGAUACCCCAGCAUU